AAUUGUGAGGUGUGUUCGAACGGCAAUCCACAUAUUUUACUCAAAUAUUUUGACUCGGCGAUAAAAUAUUGAAACGCGAAUCCAGGUUCUUUGCGCUAUAGUCAUAUGCUUGAUUCUGUUUUUCUGUUCCUGUCCCAUGCGCGAGGGAGAAGGCGUUUGCACUGGCUUUAUGUGCUGUUUUUAAUGACAUUGCAAGCAGACAAUAAUUUUGUACACUCAAUUCAAUCAUUGUUCUCUUAUUGUAGCAAAGUGUUGCUGUAGUGAGAAUAUCCAUUAAUCAGUGCUAUAGAUUGAAAAUGAAUAUUGCGUCACUGAUUAUGGCGGUGCUCGGAGUCUGUGCAUGCUCGGAUGCGCUGAAUUGCAUUCGGUGUCAAAAAGCAACAUGUCCGGAUAUCACUUGCUCUGGAUCCAAAAUACCUGACGAAUGCGGAUGUUGUGACGUUUGUGCAAAACAAGAAAAUGAGUCUUGCGGUGGCCCCUGGGACAGUGCUGGUAUCUGUGAUACAGGACUUGCUUGUGUGACCACAGAAACCGAAGUGUCCUCAUCAAAUAAACCGACUCGAUUACUAGUCCUUGCAAUGCCUUUUGACCAGUCAACUGGAAAAUGCAAAACUUCAUACAGAGACUGCAAUGAGGUCUGUGAUAAUACAACUACAAUAACAAACCAACCAACGGGAUUCACUUUUUACGGAAGAGAAGCAAUGUUUAUUGAUGAAAAUACUGGACGCGGAUUUCGAGCUUAUUGUGAUUGUAGCUCAGGGAAAAAUAGGGCGUGGACUGUAAUUCAACGGCGAAGUAGCAACAAAGUCAGCUUCGAUAAAACGUGGGAAGAAUACGAAAAGGGCUUUGGAACCCCACUGGAAGACUAUUGGUUAGGUUUGCAUAGACUUCAUACUAUGACCGAUAAACAGCCAUAUGAAAUGAAAAUUAAUAUCCGAUUCAAAAAGUCUUACAAAACUACAGCAAAUUUUGGCUUAACAGCUAUACUCUACCAUUCUAGAAUUGUGAUUAUUGGAAGUCGUGAAACCUCAUACCAGAUGAUUCUUGGACUGAACACCGGAAAACUGAGUAAUGCAUUCAUGAGAGUUCACAACGGGAUGAAAUUUUCAACAAAAGACAACGACAACGAUAAUUGGUCGGGAGGAAAUUGCGCCAAAUGGUUUGGAGGAGGUUGGUGGUUCAACAGCUGCACCGAACAGAAUCUUAAUGGAGUAUACUAUCCUAAUUCUCCAGGUCCCGAUAGAAUAACAUGGGGUGGAGAUACAUCGCCAGAUAUCGAGAUGAUUGAAAUGAAAAUCAGGCCGUUGGUUUAUUAACACUACACUUGAGUAUAUAUAUUAUAGUGUAAUUAUGAUGAUGCAAUAAAGUAUAAUACAAAAAUUGUAAGGCUAACAAAUAAAAUCAAAGAAGGUUUUUA